GUCAAAUAUUUAAAACGUCAAUUUCAGGAAGUUUUCAGAUAAUAUUGAAUUUAUUGUUUACAAAUUUAAUUGAACAUACACAGUACCUAUAUCUUUUUGAUUUAAGUAUUUAUAGGGUUGUUUACUUUUGCUAAAGCCAUGUCAGUGUAUACAAAAAACUCUGACUACAACAUAGAAGUGAAUUUCAAGCCCAACGAAAGCUUUGCCCAUACAGCAGUAACGGGCAAACAGAAGAACAAAGUAAGAAAAACUACAUUUAUGACCACCCUAAACAACGCGGACGUGUCCCCAGUCUCCAUCCAGCAGAUGCUGGAGUCAGGGCUGAACAUCAUCAGGUUCCGUGCGACCAGCUCGCUCGGAGACCAGGUCCGGCUGCUGGCACAUAUCCGCGAGGCGGCCGAGAACUGCCGCCGCAAGUACAAGCUGGCGCAGUGGCCUGUAGCUACGGCGAUCACGGUGAUGACUUGCAUGGUCAGAACUGGAGUCUUGGUGGACAGUAAAUCGUCUAUACAAAUAGAGUUGGACUCACAAGUGAUCUUAACAAAUAACAAACAAUUCAUGAACCAGUGCAGCAGUUCACAAAUAUACGUCGACAACCCUCACCUCACCAAGGAUGUGACAGUUGGUGAUGUUGUGUCCAUAGAAGCUGAUGCUAUAGUACUGAAGUGCGAAGAAUUUAUUGACAACCAGACGUUAAAAUGCAGCGUCAUCACGGCCGGACCGCUAUACACUUUGAGCACUGUUUGUGUAAGAGGAGGGAAAUAUACUCAGAAAGAACUAACAGAGGACGAUCUGCGACUUUUGCAGUUUGCUUUAGACUACGGGAUAGAUAUCAUUUUCUUGCAGUACGUGCGUAAUACUGAAAUAUUAGAUGCUGUAAAAGCAAUUCUUGGUCCUAAACAUAAGAGGCCACUGAUAUUUUCCAGCAUUAAUACACCUGAUGGUUUGAAAAAUCUUGAUGAUAUAUUAAAACAAUCAGAUGGUGUUGAGUUUACACGCGAUCUCCUGCCUUUCAACCUUGGACUCACUGAUACUUACCGGUGGAUGCAAAUACAGAAAUGGGUUUUCGCUAAAUGUCACGCGGCUGGAAUACCCUGUUUUAUAUCAGGAGCUGUGGUCCCGACUACUACCAAAACAGGCAGUAUUGUUGACAAUGAGUUUGUGGACAUUUCCAACGCCCUCUUCGAUGGAGCCACUGGCAUCAGCAUGAAUGAUUGCGACAACAUCGAGCACACAAUUGACAUCAUCAGAGUUCUCCACGACGUAUGUCUGACUUUGGAGACGGUGGUCGAGGAGAGAACUGAUUACUGGAAGUUAUUGUAUGAGCAGUGGAAGCUUCCAGUGAAUGCAGCGGAGGGAACGAUACUUGGUUGCGUGGCAGCAGCAAUACAGACGCAAGCGAAAGCCAUCGUCGUACCGAGUGUGACUGGCAGGACAGUUAGAUCGUUGAUGAAAUUGAAGCCCCCCUGUCUCAUCAUCGUUGUGAACAGGUUGGGCCAUGCCUCGAGAAUGCUCUACACUUACAGGGGAGUAAUGCCGGUCAUUGAUGAAGGUGAAUGCGUGGGUGUAUUCCUCGCUGAACGCACCAGGCGAGUGCUGUUCGGCGUGCAUUAUGCUGUUGCCCGCGGCUUCAUACAGUAUGGCGACAACUACGUCGUGCUCACCGGCAGCAAUGAAUACAGCUGCUACUGUGAUAUUUUCUUCAUACACAAGACUACUGUCUUCAACAAUUCUUUUAUCUCGUUAGUUUCAAAUAAGCAUGUUUUAUUUUAUUUUAUAGGGGUAUCGGACAGUACCAUCCGGCCAAUGGUCUGGCCUACAUCAUACGACCGGAAACUUAGUGAAUAUGACGCCAUGGAGCUACCAGGGCAGCAGCUGGGGGCGGCGCUGGAGGACUCGCCGCUGGACCACCUGCUGCGCCUGGACAUCGCCGCGCCGCCCGCCUGCCAGCGCCUCUCCGGGAUCUGCGCUACCAUUGGUCCAUCAUCAAACAAUCAAACGACUAUUGAGCAAAUGAUAGCAGCUGGUAUGAACGUAGCUAUUCUGAACAUGGACUUUGAAACGCGACAGUACCAUGCAGAGACAAUUAAAAUGAUUCGCCAAGCUGCUAAUGAAAUAGGAAACAAAAUGGGGAUCGCUUGUCCCGUAGGCAUAGCUGCUCGACUUACAGGAAGGAAUAUUAGAACUGGAAAUAUAGCUAAUGUAUAUGGAGACACUGUUGAACUAAAAACGGGUGAGACAGUUAGACUAACAUCAGAUGAAACGUACAAGGACAGAUGUUCAGAGCACACAAUAUUUGCUGACUUCAUUAACUUGGGGGCCUUCUUGCACAAAGGAGAUAUUGUCCUUAUUGACAAUGAAACCAUCUGUCUGAAAGUUGUGGUCGUUUCUAAUACCACCAUCACUUGUUCUGUGGAGAAAGGUGGUCUUUUGGGGUCUAAUAAAGAUGUAUUUUUUCCACGAGUAGUUUUCAAUAUACCGAAUUUUACGGACAAGGAUAAACUGGAUAUUAAUAUGCUUCUUCAGCACCAGGUUGAUAUUCUUAUUUUGCCUUUUUUACAAUCGGCUGAUGCUGUAUUAGAGUUGAGGGAAAUAAUGGGCGAAAAGGGAAGGAAAAUCAAUAUCGUCGCGAAAAUUCAAGAUAUAAACGCCUUUAAUAAUUUCAAUUCCAUAUUGGACGUAAUCAAUGGUGUAAUAAUAUCGAGGCAAGAAUUAGGAUCCGAUAUUGCACCGGAAAAACUUGUGAUCGCUCAGAAGAAUAUGAUAGUCAGAGCUAAUCUAGCAAACAUACCAGUGAUGGUGAGUGCGCAACUGCUCAGCAGCAUGAGGUUCAACCACAAGCCGCUCCGAGCCGAGCUACUGGACGUAGCCAACUGCAUCCUCGAUGGCUGUGAUGCCCUGGUACUUUCCGCCGAGACUGCUAUAGGAAAGUACCCGGUAGAGACCGUCGCCUGUCUCGCUGAGAUCUGUAAGGAGGCUGAAGCUAUUGUGUGGAACAAACAGAUUUUUAAGGAUAUGGUUGAUAAGACGCCACUACCCUGUGACCACAUAACCGCCAUAGCUCUAGCUACAGUCCUGGCCGCCCAGCGCGGAGUGGCCGCGGCCAUCAUAGUAGUGACGUCAUCAGGCCACUCGGCCCAGCUGGUGUCAAUGUUCAGGCCGAGGUGUCCGAUACUGGCCGUGACGAGGUACCCGCAUGUGGCCCGCAGCUUGCACAUGUGGAGAGGGGUUAUUCCGGUAAUCUUUGAAGACGAGCCAGACCCCGACUGGCAGAUCGACAUCACCAGGCGGGUGAACUUCGCGGUCAAGUGGGGCAUGGAGCGAGGGUUCGUACGCACGGGCGACCCCCUAGUGCUGGCGUACGGCUGGCGGCGCGGCGCCGCACAAACUAAUACAAUGAGGAUGACUUACGCCACUCCCGACAAUACAGUGAGCGUUUGAUGCAGAGGCAAGAGGUUCUAUACUAUUCGGAGUGGUGUGAAGCUUCUGUACGUUGCUCUUUCGAGUGGAUCCUAUCCUCUUAAUUUAAUCUCAGCUAGGUUUUGUUAUUA